GGGAACGUUUUAGAUGGUCUUUUCCCUGCAUUUUGCCUGCAAGGAUUGCGAAGGACCCGAGACAAGCAAUAAAUAUUCCGAUUGCAGUGAAUGGUUUGGGGGGCGCGCGUUUGGUAUCUCUCUAGUAAACGAAGAAGAAGCAACCGUGGCAUGAUGAUGGCGCCUGAUGGCAACAGUGACGGUGUUUCUCGUUGCUGCUGUAAAGGCAUCCGGCGGUGUCUCAUAUGUGAAAGGUUUAAGGAGAAACCUCAGUCUAUCAUGACAAGCCAACCGGAGAUUGUGCUCCAUUUCCUCUACAAUCCUGAAACAAGGCUUGCUGGCUGCAAAGAUGGAGAAGGUGCAUCGUUUCCUUUUCCUGGUGUCUUCCUGUGGGAGAACUUCAUAUCUGAGGAGGAGGAGAAGGAGCUGAUUGGCUCCAUGGACCAGGAUGUCUGGAAUCUGUCGCAGUCUGGUCGAAGGAAACAGGACUAUGGUCCAAAGGUGAACUUCAAGAAAAGGAAAGUGCGCGUAGCUGACUUUAACGGACUCCCCGCUUUGAGUCAGAAGCUGGUACUGCGGAUGCAACAAGAGCCAAACCUGGAGGGUUUCAUGCCAGUGGAGCAGUGCAACCUGGAUUACCACCCUCAGCGAGGCUCCGCCAUCGAUCCACAUCUAGAUGACUCCUGGCUGUGGGGGGAAAGGCUCGUCACGAUCAACAUGUUAUCCGACACUGUGCUCACCAUGUGUCUGGAGCAGGGCCUGCCAGAGCGGGAACUGACAGGAGAAGUACAUGUGGCCGUACGGCUUCCUCGGAGGUGUUUGGUGGUGUUAUAUGGUGAGGCGAGGCACAGAUGGAAACACGCCAUUCACAGGGAGGACAUUCUGGAGCGCAGAGUCUGCAGCACAUACAGAGAGCUGUCUGCAGAGUUUCUACCUGCAGGACAGCAGGCGGAGCUAGGUGAUGAACUCCUAAAUAUUGCUUUUACUUUCAAAGGAACUCCAGUAUAAACUCAUCAGACAAAUAAGAAGAAAGCUCGACAGUCUUAAACGUUGAAUAAGUGUCCUUGACUGAAGCGAAUGCUUGUAGUCUUUUACUGUAUCACCUACCCAAACAAGGCAAAACCUUCCUAAAUAUUCCUAAAACUAUAGUCAGAAAUUCUGCAAAACUGCUCCCUGACUACAGAAGCAAAGUUUUAUAUAUUUUUAUUUCUAAUUGUGAAUUAUUGUAAAGUUUAUCAAAAUAUUUUAGCCUGUAUUCCCCAAGUAAAGUAUUUUCUUUCAA